AUAGAUAGAUAGAUAGAUAGAUAGAUAGAUAGAUAGAUAGAUUCACUGCUUCAGUCCACCACAGUGUAAAGAUGCCAUCAGCUGAGGAAAAGAGUGAUAUGGAGCGCCUGGGUGUGUUUAAAGAGAUGAGCUACAUCUCUUCAGGAGACAAGUACACUCCACCCUCCUCCCAUCCAUUCAAUGAGUCGGCCUAUCGCAGCCGGCAGAUGCAGGCGGGUGUGGCCACACAACGCUGUGCUCUGCAGAGCGGCUUCUUCGACAAGUCCUUCAAACGGGUUUUUGAACGUGAGGCUCUGAGUGACCCGCUGAGACUUGCCCAGCAGAACCGCAUCCAGCAGGCAAAGAAGAACCUGGGCAAGGCCUUCCUGCCCAGUAACGGUGUCAAGAAGCUCUGUGGGUCAGGCAGUUACUAUGGGACUCUGUCAGGACCCGUCGAAGCCAUGAGUCCUCUGACUGUCACCUGGAAACCUCAUCGCUCGCCUGGACGCAACAUCAUCUCCUCACCGCCCAAGAAAGGAAGUGGUUACAGCUAUCCCAACAUCACACUGUCUAGACUGCAGGUUUACGUCUCUGAGCCCUACGACAGAGCCAGAGAGGCUCUGAAGCGGGAGGCAGCAAUCCACCGCUCCAGGUUCAGAGACGGUCCCUUCAAGCUGAACCUUCACCCCAGAGAUUAUUUCCAGGUGAACCCAUACCACAGUGACAAGCCGCUGUCCCCAGCACAUAGACCAGUCCUGCCAGCCCAGAGAGUCUCUGCUGUUCCCUUCAAGCCCCCCUCCCCCAACAAACGGGCUGGAGGGAUGAAAGCAGGAACCUUUGACUCUUAUCCCUCUCACUCUGCUGAUCCCUUCAUCACUCGCCGUCCCAAACCCCCCGUCAAAGAGCCUCUGUUUCGUCCAGCUCCUGGUCCCAAGACCUCACCUGUGAAGAGCAUCAUCACUGUCAAUGUGAACAGGAGUGUUCACUCUGCAAACUACACCUCAACCAUCCCAGCUGCGAUGACCUUCUGACUACAUUACCCAUACUGCACCAACACUGGCAGUGUACAUGUUAUUUUAUUGUGUCUGUUUUACCAUCAGCUGUCACCAGACUCCUGCAGAUAUAAAGCUAUAAAGGUUUUUACUCCAUCAUGAAGACAAUGAGGUUUAAACAAUCAGCUCUUUCUGCUUCUGAAUAUUUAUAAUGUUGAAUGUUUGAAUUUCA